UCGGAUCGAAUCGGCUCGAAUCGACUCGAAUCGGCUCGAAUCGGCUCGAAUCGACUCGAAUCGACUCGAAUCGGAUCGAAUCGACUCGAAUAACCACCCAGAAGUAACUGUGAAGGCGAAAACCCCAAUUUUUCAUCGAUUCGAAUCGAUUCGAAUCGAUUCGAAUCGAUUCGAAUCGAUUCGAAUCGGCUCGAAUCGAUUCGAAUCGGCUCGAAUCGGCUCGAAUCGACUCGAAUCGACUCGAAUCGGAUCGAAUCGACUCGAAUAA